UUACCAACACCCCUCCCUAAAAACCACAAUAUAAUCUGGAUACCCUUCCCUGAAAACCACAAUAUAACAUAAUAUUCUCACCAUUUUAUAUAAUCGUAAACCCCUCUUCACAUUCGACGAUAACUUCGCUGAGUGUUUUGCAGUCUAGGGUUUAAGCUUUUGCAGGUGCAAGAGCAGAAGCACAGUGGCCAUGGCGAUGUACAAAAGAUUAAUCACAAUACUAGCCAACCAUGGCUGCUCAUCAUCACUAUCAUCACCCAGAAAGGCUGCAGAGCCGUGGACAAUAUUCAAGCGGGGCAUGCGGGAGAUGUACAUGUCGCAGGCGAUGCUGGAUGCGGCGGCAGAGCGGCGGGCGAGAAAGCGGAAGCUGCGUGUUGAUCCGCCCAUGAGUGCCCUGCAGCGCAACCGCUAUGGCCCUCCGAAACCCCAUGACCCCAACAUGCCGGAGCCCAUCAAUGUACUCGUGGGCGACCGCCUCAGCCUUCAUAAUCGCCUGCAAGCGCUCAGCCGCUCAGGGAAGCUGGACGAUGCCCUGGUCGCCGCCCGCCAAGCGCAGUUCGCUCGUAUCCGGCCCACGAUUUUCACCUACAACUCCCUCCUUGGCCAUUGCCACCGCGCUGCUAGGUAUGAGAAUGUUUUCAAUCUCUUUGCUUUCAUGCGGCAAAGCGGCGUCAUACCCAAUGUGGUGACCUACAACAUCGUUCUCGGUAGCUACGCCGAUUUGCUCGACAUUGAGAAGUGCUUCGGCAUGUUGCAGAUGAUCCAGGACGCAAAAAUGAAUCCCAGUAAUGUGACCUAUCAACACUUGAUGAGGGCGCAUUUUAAGUUGGAGAAAUACGAGGAAGUUAUGAGGCUUUUCAGGGAGAUGCUGGAGAAGUGCUAUGGGGCUGAUCCGCCGACAUAUGCAAAUACCAUUGAGGGUUUUGUGAAGGGUGGGGCGAUGGACCAGGCUACGGAGCUGUAUAUGGAGAUGAGGAAGAGAGGUUCCAUUUUUAGCGAGCCGGUGUUUUGUAAUUUGAUCAAGGGCUAUAUUGCUGCUGGGAGAACUCAGGAGGCCCUUGAUGUUUUUGAGUUUGUGCCUGAGAAGGUCGAACGGACCGCAAUGUCCAGUAAUGCUGUUAUAGAAGGGUACUGCAAUGCUGGAAGGAUAGAUGACGCUCUUGCAUUUUUCGAUACACUUGUGGAGAAGGAUUUGAAACGCGAUGCCUUGUCGGUUGCGUUUUUGAUGGACUUUUAUAUUGAGCUAGGAAAUUUGCAGGAGGCGGAAAAGCAUUUCAGGUCGAUGCUUGAGAAGGGAUGUGCUCCAGCUGCUGUGGCCUACAAUUGUCUUUUGGAUGCUUAUUUCAAGCAAGGAAUGAAUGUGGAGAUAGAGAAUUUGGUGCAAGAGAUGUUAGAUCAGCGAAUUGAGCCAGAUUCAGUAACUCAUGAUACACUGAUAGAUGGAUAUGUUAAACUGGGCAAGCUGGAUGAGUCCUUAAGAUUUAUCAGAAGAAUGAUAGAAACUGGCUUUAAACCAGUAAUUGCCAUAUAUAACAAAUUGUACAGCCACUUGUGUAGUGAAGGGAAGCUUGAUGAAGCUAGUAGGCUUUUUCAUGAGAUGUUAGAUGUAGGGCGGAACCCUGAUGUUGGAACGUAUGAUAUAUUAACAGAGGCAUUUGGCAGAGAGGGGAGAGCUGAGGAGGCAAAAGGUUAUUUUUUGACACUUGUGGAAAAGACCAAACUGGAUGAGGAUCUUGUGGCUCGUAUCAGACAGCAGGGAGAGGAUGCAACUGGUGAAGAAAAAUCAAAGGCAGAAACACAGGCACCUUAUGCAUCCACUGAAAAUUAUCAAAAAACGGAAAUCGCUGUUUAGUUUAAUUUCACAUGGUGUGAGAUUUAGGAAGGAUAUAGCAUGGGAUCAACUUUGCAGAGAUAUCUGCUCUGCAAGAUUUUGUUCUAGCUAGUAGCUAGUAAAACUGGAAGCUGCUAGGUAGGUUAGUGCAGUUUUAGGUGAAACUGAUUUUGAUGGAAGUGAUCUUGAAGUGGAACCUAAAUGAAUCAAGUAAAUAUGAUCUUAUGGUGCAAUUGAUUGGAUGCUAUUUUACGAACGCUUUACACAA